CUUAGCAAACCCCACUAAAUAUUAACCCCUCCCCCUCCCAUCUAUAUAUGGUUUUAACCAUACAUCAUAUCUUCCUUUCAUUAAUUCCUUCUCAUUCUCAUUCCAAGAAAAACACUACUACAAGCUCGCUCACAUCCAAAAACACCAUAAACAAUGGAGACUACCUCCCAAAUCUAUGCAGAAGAAGAAUGCCACAGCUGCGAAUCCGGGUGGACGAUGUACAUCGGCUCCCCUCCCAACUACUACGACUCCUCCCCGUCCUUCUCCCAAAAAGAAGAUGAUGAUGUCGACGACGAGCUCGUCAUCGACAAAGACUCCUAUGACGAAAACAGCGAUGACUCAAUGGUCUCAGACGCCUCGUCGGGCCCCACCCGCUACUGCAUGCCGCAGCAGCGGGCCCGCGGCCCGACAGAGGCGGUUGAUGAUGAUAAGACCAGCAAAAAAGUUAGGAUUGAUGAUGGUGAUGAUGAGGAUGAGGCAAAGAAGGGAGCGAAAUACGGCGCGCGCGUGAGGAGUAGGAUGUCUAAGCUGCUUCCUACCACCUGUCUUACGUCACUUCACCUCCGCUCCUCCGCCGUCUCUCUAUCAUGGCUGUCCGCCGUCCACGUAUCUGCGAUUCCGCUCAACAGUCCUCUCCCAAGGCCCUUCCCUAUAUUCACCCGCCGGUGCUUCUCUGUUUAUGCCAGCACCGCAAAACACGGCGAUGCAUCGUCCUCCGCCAAAGACGAGGUGAAGAACGCUGGUAUUAACGGCGACGAGGGUGCUCGAGUCUCUUCCGGCGAGGACCCGUACCCUAGUGGAGAACUUCAGUUUCAAAAGUACGGCGCGUGGAAGAGCUUUGUUGUUGCGCUCAGAUUGCUCUUUGCUCUUCCGUGGCAGCGCGUGCGUUACGGCAGUGUUUUGACCACUAAAUUGCGCGGCGAGAUAUCCGAUCAGUUGCAGAGUAGGUUUUCUUCACGGUUAUCUUUGCCUCAAAUUUGUGAAAACUUCACAAAGGCUGCUUAUGAUCCCCGGAUUUCUGGUAUCUACCUGCACAUUGAACCACUGAGAUGUGGUUGGGGUAAAGUUGAAGAAAUCAGGAGGCAUAUCCUGGAUUUUAAAAAAUCAGGUAAGUUUAUUGUGGGUUUCACACCUGCUUGUGGAGAAAAAGAGUAUUAUAUUGGCUGUGCAUGCGAUGAGCUCUAUGCCCCUCCAAGUGCCUAUUUUUCUUUGUAUGGCAUUUCUGUCCAAACAUCAUUUCUGGGAGGUGUACUUGAAAAAAUUGGGAUUGAGCCAGAAGUUCAGAGGAUUGGUAAAUACAAGAGUGCUGGUGAUCAGCUAACACGCAAAAAUAUAUCAAAGGAAAACUAUGAGAUGCUGACGUCAUUGCUUGAAAACAUUUAUGGAAAUUGGCUUAAUAAAGUCUCCGUCGCAAAAGGGAAAAAAUUAGAAGAUGUUGAAAAUUUUAUUAAUGAAGGAGUCUACCAAGUGGAGAGGCUAAAAGAAGAUGGCUGGAUAACAGAUAUAAAGUAUGAUGAUGAGGUUAUGUCAAUGUUGAAAGAGCGUUUGGGAACUUCAAAGGAUAAGAGUCUUCCCACAGUGGAUUAUAGGAAAUACUCUCGAGCCAAGAGAUGGAGUCUUGACCUUGCAGGUUAUAAGGAUAAGAUUGCUCUAAUUCGAGCCUCUGGAAGCAUUAGUCGUGUACGUAGCUCAUUUACUGUGCCUAGUUCAAGCAUUAUAGCAGAGCAGUUCAUUGAAAAGAUUCGUAGUGCUAGAGAAUCAAAAAAGUACAAGGCUGUUGUCAUUCGAAUUGAUAGCCCUGGAGGCGAUGCUCUCGCAUCUGACUUGUAAGUUCUCUCAUGCUAUGGUGCUUUUCUUUCAUUGAAUUAAAAGGUACGGAGUAUAUUAGUAAUUUUACUUCCCAAUAAUGAUACACGAAGGUAUCUAGCCCAUGCAGCAGUGAAGAAACAAGACGAAGGAGAAGAAGGUCGAUACUUCCGAUCGGCCGUAGGGAAAGGGUUUAGGGUUUUUAGAAGAGAAGUAGGGAGAGGAAUAAUCUAUAUUUUUGAUCCUUACGUAAGGGAGUUGGGGUCCCUUAUAUAGUAACAUAUGGAGUCCUCAAACCCUAAUAUUAAUUCUAACCUGUCGGUUCAAAAAAGGCGUCGAGGUAAAGAAUCGAAAANUAGCCCAUGCAGCAGUGAAGAAACAAGACGAAGGAGAAGAAGGUCGAUACUUCCGAUCGGCCGUAGGGAAAGGGUUUAGGGUUUUUAGAAGAGAAGUAGGGAGAGGAAUAAUCUAUAUUUUUGAUCCUUACGUAAGGGAGUUGGGGUCCCUUAUAUAGUAACAUAUGGAGUCCUCAAACCCUAAUAUUAAUUCUAACCUGUCGGUUCAAAAAAGGCGUCGAGGUAAAGAAUCGAA